AUGUCAAUUCCCCCCACUAUUCCGAAGGUCGCGCUGCCAAAGGCUCCAGAUCCACACGUCGACCCAGCCGGACACCUCAGGAGUAUUGGCGCAGUGAGAGAAAGAUGUGCGAUUGUGCUGGAGAAGGCGAAGAGGAAUCAAUUGAACCAUUUCAAUGUGGACAUGGCCAAGUUUGAAGAUACUACCAAGUUUGUCGUCUCAAUUAUUAAGCGCGAUUUUGCUCCCGAUUAUGCCAGUAUUCCCCCUCAUGGCAGAUGGCAGCAUUUCAACGUGGGUGGAAAGGACAGGAUCGCAGACAUGCUCGCUGGCUGGCCUUCUUCAAUUGAUCCCUCCGAACGUUGUCGCAGACUCCUCGACCUGUUCCUCGUUUCAGUUCUACUCGAUGCUGGUGCAGGAACAUCAUGGACAUAUAAGAGCAAAGACAGUGGCCGAGUUUACAGGCGGAGUGAAGGACUAGCAGUGGCAAGCUUGGAAAUGUUCAAAGACGGUUUGUUCAGUAGCAACACAAGUCAACCACACCAAGUCGACGGAGAGGGAUUGAGAGGCUUGACUGUUGAGAAGAUGGCUAAGGGACUGCAAGUCUCGGACAGGAAUCCAAUUGCAGGAUUAGAAGGACGAACAGGACUUCUGAUUAAAUUGGCAGAUGCUCUCAACAACCAGGAUCUAUUUGGCGCUGAUGCAAGACCUGGAAAUAUGCUUGACUACCUCAUCUCUCACCCAACCACACAAGCCUCCUCCGUCCCCGUCGUCCUCCUUCCUACACUCUGGUCAGUUUUGAUGGAUGGUCUUGCACCAAUCUGGCCAGCUUCUCGAACUGCCAUUGAUGGCACAUCUCUUGGUGAUGCUUGGCCACUAUCCACGAUGCCUUCCGACGCAACUUCUCAACCGUGGGAAGUCAUUGUACCAUUUCACAAACUCACACAGUGGCUCUGCUACUCUCUCAUGCAGCCAAUGUCCAAACUAAUCCAUAUCCACUUCGCUGGAGCUGAGCUCAUGACUGGUCUCCCGGAAUACAGAAACGGGGGAUUGUUCAUCGACACAGGCGUUUUGACCUUGAAGGAAGAGGAUGAGAAGAGAGGUUUACUCAGAUUCAAGAAGGAGGGAGAACUGAGUGGCAAGGGUAGCAUGGAGGUUGUUCCAAUGUUCACACCAGAUGAUGAUGUGAUUGUUGAGUGGAGAGCUGUUACGGUUGGAUUCCUGGAUCUGCUACUUGAGGAAGUGAACUCUGUUCUUGGUCUGCAGGGCCUAGACAAGCUUAGUCUGGUACAGAUGUUGGAGGCUGGAAGCUGGAAGGGUGGACGAGAAAUGGCUGAAAUCUCACGACCAAAUACCCAAUGCCCCCCAAUCGCCAUCCUCAGCGAUGGAACUGUCUUCUAA